AUCCCUACCACCUAUGAACAAGCGAAGGCAUGCACUAACUGGCUGGAGUGGAAAGCAGCGAUGGAGGAGGAACUCGCGUCAUUACGAGAACAUGGCACGUGGAAACUGGUUGCCAGGGCGAAGGCCAAACGCCAAGCGGUGAUCACAAAUCGGUGGGUCUUUGCUGUGAAGCGGGAUGCACAAGGUCGUAUCUUGCGGUUCAAGGCUCGCCUUGUA